AUGUCUUGGCACAAUUACUACCCUCCAUAUGUCUUGGCACAAGUACCACCCCCAAAUGUCUUGGCACAAGUACAACCCCCAUAUGUCUGGGUACAAGUACCACCCCCCCCAUAUGUCUUGGCACAAGUACCACCCCCAUAUUACCACCCCCAUAUGCCUUGGCAAAAGUACUACCCUCCAUAUGUCUUGGCACAAGUACCACCCCCAUAUGUCUUGGCACAAGUACAACCCCCCAUAUGUCUGGGCACAAGUACAACCCCCCAUAUGUCUGGGCACAAGUACCACCCCCAUAUGCCUUGGCAAAAGUACUACCCUCCAUAUGUCUUGGCACAAGUACCACCACCAUAUGUCUUGGCAUAA